AUGACACCUCCAAACUCGGCGUUGUAUAUCACAUGUCUGUUCUUGACGAAUAUCGCUCCUAUGGCAACUUUAUAUCAAUCGUCAUUACAUUUUCAAUCAGAUGAUGUUGGGGAAAGUGUGACUCUGCCAUGCGUCUGUGAUGAUGCAGCGAUGUUGUUUUACUGGUAUAAGCAAACUCCGGGACAGGAACCAAAGCUGGUGUCUACAUUCUAUAAGUAUAACAAUAACAGCUCCUUCCACCAUGAAUUUAAGAACAAUCUACGUUUCUCACUGGAAACUGAAAGCGGUAAAAGUCACUUAAAGAUUUCAGAUCUGAAAAUUUCAGACUCAGCCACUUACUAUUGCGUAGAGAGCAAUUUGCUUGACUUUAAAUUUUGCAACGGGGUGACUGUCAGUGUCCAGGGUUCACGUUUGAACCUCACAGUUUUGGUCCACCAGUCAGCAUCUGAUUCCAUCCAGCCUGGAGGCUCUGUGACUCUGAACUGUACAGUUCACACUGGGACCUGUGAUGGCCAACACAGUGUUUACUGGUUCAAAGACUCUGAAGAAUCUCAUCCAGGACUCAUUUACACCCAUGGAGGCAGGAAUGAUCAGUGUGAGAGGAAACCCAACACACAAACACACACCUGUGUCUACAACCUGCCAAUGAAGAGCCUGAAUCUGUCUCAUGCUGGGACCUACUACUGUGCUGUUGCCUCGUGUGGACACAUACUGUUUGGAGACGGGACCAAGCUGGUCUUUAAGGAUGACAGGGGCUCUCUGGUCUUGGUGUACUUUUUGAGUGGAGCGUUGGCGUUCACCAACAUCCUGGUUGUUUUACUGGCUUUCUCAGUGUAUAAGAUGAACAAAAGAAACAGCCAAAGUGCAGAGCGUAAUGUAACAUUUUCAGCAAGUUCCACUCAGAAUACAGCGUUAUGUCAAGACGCAGAGAACCUCCAUUACGCUGCUUUGAGGGAUCACAACCGCAACAGAUCAAGAAGACCGAGGGACAACACCCAGACUGAAUGUGUGUACUCCGGCGUAAGGCCGUAGAGCUGGACAUGAUUCUGUGAACCAAGACAUCUGCUAUUGCUCCUGGAACAUCAACACUUAUGAGUUCAAAAAUGCAAUGAAUACAAAGGCUUGCUUUGCAAGAAAAGCUCUCCUACUGAAAAAAACACUGCAAGACUUUCACUGAUUAGACCAAAUAUAUAGAACUACACUCACAGGUCUUCCACAUAGCCGGAGAUGUAAGAAGCUUUUUGCUGUUCACAGUACAGAGAGGAGAUCUCACAACAUCUUGUGUCUUUGUGUCUGUGGUAAGAGGCAGGAUGUCAAUUCUUCUCCCUAUAGACUAAGGUGGGUUUGUUGGGUGAUAAGAUAGGAACUGCUGCAUAAUGUUACUUUGUUUUCUCUUGCCCUGACAUAAUAUAACUAGAUGGAAAAAAGAGCUUUGAAUCUGAGCAAUAGAUCCUAUGCAGAUCUAAAUUAAGCAAGUAUUUGACAGGUGUUAAUAUCCUUUACUAAGUUAAAAGCAGAGAUGCAACAAUGUGGGUGCAAGAAUUGCAUUUACAGGGGAACAAGUGAAGAUGAGUGAGAUCGAGAGCAGUCCUAAUCAGCCUGUCAGAACGGAUAGCGUCUCCUGUGGCUCUGGAGGAGUUUUGUCAAGCUUUGGUUUUGAAGACAGCUUUUGCAAUUUACAAAUUAGUCAUUCACCAGGCAGUCUGGGUCUAAUGAAAAUAUGCUAUUAUUAGUUUAAAUUGAUCCCAAACAUUUAAAGUAAGAAUAAUCAAUUUACUAAAACCUGUCACUUUAGAAAAUAUGAAUAUAAACAAGUGGGACAGGUAACAGUAAUAGCUACAAAACUGCUCAAUACUCAAAACUAAUUCAAAGUUAUCAAAAUAUAUGAUUAUGAUUCAUCAAACCCAACAGUCUCUCACUCACAAAAUGUACAUUAAAUCAAAGAUCAAUCAGAUUCAGAGGUGUGAAAAUCAAAUGUCUCUUUAUCAAAUAAAUGAA